GAGUAAAGAAGUUGCAGUGUCAACAUCUGCUGAGUUGAUUUCACAUUUUCCAAACACUCCCGUGUCGAAAAGUGGUGAGGGUUUUUAAGACCGAGUCGGGUCGCGUAAACCAUAAACGACAUGAAUCCUUAAAUUUAGUGUUCGUUACUCUUUGUCCGUUCACAUUCAAUCGGCGUGUUAACGCUCAUGUUAGCGUGUGGUUGACAUUAGCCCCAUAGUAGUCUAAUGCUAAUUGGCGAUUCCAUCUGUUUAUGUGGCUUUUAGAUACAGCGGGAGCUUUUUAUGUAUUUCUUUCUACUGUGUAGCGUUCAGUUGUGUUCGGUUUUACAUGCAGACGCCCGCUAGGCAUCUGUUUACUUUCUUAAUAGUAUGCCAUACACACACAACAGAAGAAAAUGUCUUUUACACCAUUACUCUUGUAUUUCCUGUUGUAACAGGUGUCUGAGGAUGUCGGGGCAGAAGCGUCCUGCAGACCCCAGCGGCCCUUCCUCAUCCUCUGGUGUGCACCCAGAGAAGCGGAGGGAGCGAGAUGGAGAGGACGGAGGUCCCGGUGUCAGUGCUGCAGCUGCUGGUGGGAGCACAGCGGUGGAGACUGUCAUCAAACUGGGAGGGGUUUCUAACUCGGAAGAACAAGAUAUCAAAGCUCUACAGUCUAAGAACCGGAAACUGGGAGAAUCAUUAGAUCAAAGACAGGGGAUUGAAGAUGAAUUGCGAGAGCGGAUCGAGAGACUCGAGACCCGCCAGGCCACGGAUGACGCAAGUCUACUUAUUCUCAAUAGAUACUGGAAUCAGCUUGAUGAAAACAUUAAGCUGUUCAUCAGACUAUAUGACCAGUCGCCAAACGGACCAGAAAAGUCUCCAUCAGUUGAGGGAAGGAACCUGAAGCCAGAAACACCUGAACCGGAUGGGGACUCUAAUCAGGAGAGGGCCAAGGACAGAGGCCACCAAGGCGAGACCUCCAACUCUUUCCUGGCCACCUUGGCAAGCAGCACCAGUGAGGAGAUGGAAGCCGAACUCCAGGAGAGAGUGCAGUCCAGCCAAAUGCAGGCCACUCGUGUUGUGGAGAUCUACAAGUGUCUAAAGAGCACAGUGGACCAGCUGAAGGCAGACAUGGACUCUGGACUUGCUGGGAGUUUGUGUCACGUAGCGUCCAAGUUAAACACCCUGCUGACCAGUGAAAAUGAGCGUCUUCAACAGCUGUCUGAGGACCUCAAGCAGAAACACAGUCACAUGACCAGUGAGUCCCGAUCUCUCGGUCGCGCAGCAAACAAGGCAGACCAGCGAGUCAGCGAGUUGCAGGUUCUAAGUGAAGAGCUUCAGUGGGAUAUGGAGAAGAUACGGCGACGAGAAAAUCGACUCAAUGCACACAUGAGUGAGAUAUUAGAGAGGGUGAACAGCAAGGGCUAUAAAGUGUGUGGGGAGGCCAGUAGUGUAUGUGGAACCAUCACUAUCAACAAGAGAAAGUUUGAGGAAAUGAACAGUGAACUGGAAGAGAACCAGGAGCUGGCAGACAAUCGUCUCAUUGAGCUCCAGAAGCUCCAGCAGGACCUGCAGAAUGUGCUGCAGGAGAACAACAACAUGAAGACUGAGCUGCUUAGUCGAGCAGAGGGCAUGGUGAAGGAUACUUCUGAGUAUCGCUGUCUGCAGUCGCAGUUUUCUGUGCUUUACAAUGAGUCUUUGAUCCUCAAGGCUCAGUUAGACGAGACGCGUGCCCGUCUCAACACAACUAGGACGGCACGCCUUCGACAGCUGGAGCACAUGGAGAACGACGAGGUGACACUGCAGAGGAAGGUUCGCACCGAAGUGUUUCAGUUAGAAGAUACCCUUGCUCAAGUCAGGAAGGAGUAUGAGAUGCUGCGCAUUGAAUUUGAACAGACUCUUGCCGCCAACGAGCAGGCAGGCCCUAUAAACAGAGAGAUGCGGCAUCUGAUCAGCACCCUGCAAACUCAUAACCAGCAGAUGAAAGGAGAGGUUGUGAAAUACAAACUGAGACUGAGAGAGACACAAGCUGAACUCAAUCAGAUUCGCAUUUCUAAAGGGAGUAGCAUCUUGCAAACUCAGUCAAGCACCGAGAUAGAUGUGAAGGAGGAGAUGACGUCUCCGACCAUGUUAGCUGUCUCAGGGGAGUCAGCAGUCAAGUCAGAACCUCCUGACAAUGAUGCUUCUACGCCGAACAGCACUGGCAUUUCUGUGAAAACCGAGCCAGGAGUGGAAUCUGAGGUAACAGUCAAGGAGGAGGAAAAAGAGGAAAAGAAAGAAAAAGAGGAAAAGAAAGACAAGGAAAUAAUUAAGAAAGAGGAGAAAGACCGGGAGAGGGAAAGGGAGAGAGAGAGGCCAACUCGCAGUGGGACGAAGGAAGAGAGGGAGAAAUUGGGAAGUGGCAACCAACCUGAGGAGUCAUCUGGGGAGCGUCUUUCUGCAGCUGGAGGGCCAAAGAGGAAAGAGAUGGAGCAGCUGAAGAUUGUCAGAGUGGAGCUCAAGAAAGCUCAGGAGUCCCAGCGAGAGAUGAAACUACUCUUAGACAUGUAUCGCUCAGCACCAAAAGAGCAAAGGGACAAAGUUCAGCUGAUGGCAGCAGAGAAGAAGACCAAGUCGGAGUCGGAGGAGCUGCGUCAGAGGCUGAGGGAGCUUGAGGAGCGAGAGAGAAGGGAGGGGAAAAAAAUGGCUGAUGAGGAGGCCCUUAGGAAGAUUCGAUCUGUGGAGGAGCAGAUCGACAUCCUCAACAAAAAGUUGUCUAUAGCAAAACAGGAGGAGGACGCAUUGUUGAGCGAGAUGGACGUGACAGGUCAGGCCUUCGAGGACAUGCAGGAACAGAACAUUCGUCUGAUGCAACAACUGCGGGAAAAGGACGACGCCAACUUUAAGCUGAUGAGUGAGCGUAUCAAGUCCAACCAGAUCCACAAGCUAUUGAAAGAGGAGAAGGAGGAGCUGUCGGAUCAACUGCUCACUUUAAAAACACAGGUGGAUGCCCAGCUGCAGGUGGUAAGGAAGCUUGAGGAGAAGGAACGCCUCCUACAGGGCACCAUCAGCACUGCUGAGAGAGAGUUGACACUGAGGACACAAGCACUGGACAUGAACAAACGCAAGGCUCAAGAGUCAACGUUGUUGUCAGAGGAGGUGCGAACUCAGCUGGAGCAGGUUCAGCAGAGGCUUGUCGUGGUCCGAGAGGAGGUCGUAGAGAAUAGCAUCUCCAGAGAGAAGGAGUCGUUUAACUCCCGACGAGCACAGGAGGACAUCUCUAAACUGAGGAGAAAAAUUGAGAAGGCCAAGAAACCAGCUGAGAAAAUCAGCAAUGGAGACGAAAUACUAAAUGAAGAAAUUAGUGAAUAUAAGGCUCGGCUAACGUGUCCCUGUUGCAAUUCGCGGGUGAAGGACGCCGUCCUGACAAAGUGCUUCCACGUCUUCUGCUUCGAGUGUGUCAAGACACGCUACGACACACGCCAGAGGAAAUGCCCCAAGUGCAAUGCUGCGUUUGGAGCCAACGACUUCCAUCGCAUUUACAUCGGUUAAAGCCUGUUUGUCCAUUCUUAAUGGGAGGACGGGCAUUAUAGUGGACUUGGUGCCCGGAGCGAGGCUGGUAACAGCGCCUCCUCUCCUCUUUUGUGGUCAGGCUCUCAGUCGGGAUGUGGCUCCUUUGUAUGUGCCCAGCUACAAACUGAACUGAAGGCUUGAAUAUUGAGCUUUUUGUCGUUCUAUUUUUACCGACUGAAUUUGUAUGCGUAUACAGCAUACACAAAAAAGCUUGUAACAUUCCAAUGACUCCUCACAAUGAAGUUAACGGUGUGUAAUGUUUGUGUGUAUAUAUAGUUUUUUUUUAAGAACUGCUGAAACUGUACUGAAAUUGUGUUGUUGCUGCUGGUUAUUAAACCGAAAG